AUGGCUUCGCGACCACGCCGCUCGGCGGCCAAGAAGGCGCAAGAACAAAUUACUGACUGGGCCGAUAGCGAGCGAACAAGCAGCAUGUCUACCCGUGCUCGCCGCUCAGAUGGCCGGACCUCAGGCGUGUCCCGCGGCCCGCCUUCGUCACCAGGAAGUGAGCACCUGAACCUCACUGUCAAGGUACCCGCGAACAAGCUUCGCGAGGCCACUAGCAGGGGACGGAACUCGACGGGGAACAGUAUUUCGGUCAACAGCGAGGUCGUUGCCGGCAGACGCAACCGUGGCCCGAAAAAGAGCUACGUCGUAGAAUCCGAUAGCGACGAGGAGGAGGAAGACGAAGACGAGGAGAUGGAGGAGCCUGACGCCGAUGGUGAUGACGACAUGGAAGUCGACGCCGAGGGCGAGGAGGAAGAUGCCGAUGGCGACAUCGACAUGGACACCCCUGCGGCCCCCACCAUCAAGAUCUCCUUGCCCAAGGCUGGAAAGGUCACUCCUAGACGGCCAGCGGCGGCGAGAGUGAUUGAAGACGAUGACGAUGACGAGGAGGAGCUCAGCGAGAUUGAAGUUAGUGACCCUGAGAACACAAUGAACAUGAGCAUCGACGUUGGGGGCGCCGGCGACGACGAUGAUGAGGACGACGAUGACGAGGAAGACGAGGAAGACGAUGCCGAAGGUGAAGAGGAAGAUGCCGAAGGCGAAGAAGAAGACGCCGAGGGCGAGGAGGAAGAGGAGAUCGAAGUCGCGGACGAGACUGUGGGAGCGGGUGCCGAAGGCGAGCUCGACAGCGAUCUAGGCAGUCGCGAGGGCACACCCGACUUGACUAAGAUGACGAGGAGACAGCGGGCUCGCUUCGAGGACGAGCCUCAGCAGUAUAUGAAACUCUCGGACGAGGUCCAAGCAAAGAAGGUCUUCACUGCGGAAGAGUUAUCGAUGAGAAGGGCAGAAAUGGCACGUCGACGACGCAAUCUGUCUGACAAGCGUAAUGAAGAAGUCAAGGCAAGUAUAUUUAUGGAAACCAUCAACAAGCUUUUGAAGAAACAGGCGCCCAAGACCAAGGGCAAAGGCGCCAACGGCGAGGACACGCCCGGCGGCGAGUCAUCAAAGCCCGACGUCGCGUUCGUCCGCUGGGUCAACUCCAAGAAGGGCAGCAUCAUUGCUGUGCCUGAGGAGAUUAUCGGAGGACCAGCUGGCAAGGUAUUUGUGCCUGGAGGUCUGAAGUCUGGCAAGAUGGUUGAGGAAGUCGCAUAG